UUAUAGAAGCCUCCCUACUCUUUUCACUAUUCUUCAAGUAGAGCUCUGGAUUAGGGCUCCAAACGAAGAAGAAGAAGUUGCAGUGCUCUUCCAUGGCGGCAACGGUUGGAGGUAUUGUGGCAUUAGGAAAGUUUGAUGCCUUACACAUCGGUCAUCGCGAACUUGCAAUUCAAGCAUCAAGGGUUGGUGCUCCAUUUCUAUUGUCAUUUGUUGGAAUGGCUGAAGUUCUUGGUUGGGAACCUAGGGCCCCAAUUGUUGCCAAAUGUGACAGAAAGAGGGUUCUUUCCUCUUGGGCUCCACUUUGUGGCAAUAUGACCCCACUAGAGUUCCCGAUUGAAUUUUCAAGUGUUCGACAUCUCACUCCCCGACAAUUUGUUGAGAAGUUAUAUAAGGAACUUGGAGUACGUGGAGUUGUGGCAGGUGAGAACUACAGAUUUGGAUAUAAAGCUGCUGGUGAUUCAUCAGAGCUAGUGAGGCUCUGUGAGGAGUUUGGUAUGGGGGCUUACAUUAUAAAACCGGUCAUGGACAAUAACCAAGAUUCCAGAAAUACAGCCUCAAGUAAUUCAAAGGAGAGAGGACAGGUCUCAUCCACACGUGUUCGCCAUGCUCUUUCCAUUGGUGACAUGAAAUAUGUCUCAGAGCUUUUGGGCCGCCAACAUCGUCUUAUAUUGACAGCACAGUACCAGGAAGCAUUUACCAGCAGUAAACACAAAGUGUCAGCUCCAAAGUCAUGCUUGUUAAAUCUACCACCAAAGGAUGGUUUGUAUGAAAACUGUUCUCUUUUGAUUGAUGACGAGAACCCAGUGUCAUGCAGAGUAGUCAUUGAUACGACACAUAUUCAUUUGGAAUUUGAUGAGGUAGGUCCUUAUAAGCACCUUACAUCUCAAGGCCCCUGGCAGUUGGGUGUUGAAUUUGGAGUUUGAUUAAUAUUCAUGAGGCCCCAUUGUUUAUCAUUUUAAGUAGAGUAGUUCAUGGAUGAGAAGUUUCAUCCAUAUCCUGAAAUCUGCUGCACAGAUCAAUAGUAUAGUCACUCAUUGUACAUUGAGAUGGAAUACUUGCUCUAUUCUUUCAAAGAAAUAAGGAAAUUUGAUUAGCCCAAUCGGUUAUUCAUUGCA